CCGGCCCUGGCCCCGCCUCCCCCCUCCCCGCGGGGACAGUUCCGGUGUGGGUGGCGGCGGCGGCGGAUCGCCGGGUGCUGGCUCCCCCAGUCGUUUCCCCUCUCUCUCAGCCCCAUUGAGUUAGAGCCCUCGUCUGCAGAGCUGGAGAGGGAUGACGUUUGCCGAGGAGAAGACUUUCGAGUACAUCCGCCGCAAUUACCGCAAGUUUCACCAUAUUCCUGUUCUGGAGAUUCUGCCUUACUUGUCUUGCCUCACAACCAGUGACCAGGACCUCCUGCGGGCCCACCUGGAUCUCAAUGGGAACCGGAACACCAUUUGGGAUCUCUUCAACAGCCUCCAGCGGCGCAGUGGCUGGGUGGAGUCCCUCAUCUGGGCGCUGAGGGCCUGCGAGCUGGCUGCUCUCGCUGACGAAGUGGACCGCGUCUAUCAGAGCAACCUGCCCAUGAGCCAGAGACGCCCCCCGGCCCCACCGGAGCCGCCGUCAGUUCCUGCUGAGACACCAGGGCCCCCCACACCCGCUGUGGCUCCCAGUGCCUCUCACAACAGCUACAGAGAAGAGCCAAGUUACCCCAUGCCUGUCCAGGACACCCAGUCGCCAGUGUCCCCGGGAGAGAAUUCAAAGAAGUUCCCACCGACAGCCAGCUCUGGGGCUGACCUGAGGAGACCCACUGGCCCCCAGGAGCCCUCCUCUGACAUGGCGUCCCUCAGCCCUCUGACAUCCAGUGGGCCUCAGGAGCAGGAAGUAGAACUGGGCAGUACCCACGUAACAGACAAUGUCUCCAGCAUGACAUCAUCCCAUGGGCCUGUCUCUCCAACUGCCUCCUUCCAGCCCCUGGCCCGUUCUACCCCCCGGGCAAGCCGCUUGCCUGGACCUGCAGUGUCACCUCCGUCUACUGGCACCUUCUCCUCCUCUGCAAGGGGUGCUGAAUCGACUGCCUGCUCCAGUGGAGUAGCGGUACCCACCAACUCUGUGACCACCAGCACAGCACCUUCCAAGGUGCCCCGCCACUCAGCACUUACCAGCACAGUGCCUUCCAAGUUGCCCACCAGCUCGAAGACCCCUGGUAUAAUGUCCUCUAAUGUGCCCACCAGCCUAGCACCUUCCAAGUUGCCUGUCAGCUCAACACCUGCUGGCGCAGUGUCACCCAAGGUACCUACUGGCGUGGUGCCUGACCACAGGAUGCCCACGAGCCCGGUGUCCAGCAAGGUGCCUGCCACCACAGCACCCACCGUCAGGAGUAGCAGCAGCAUACCCUCGGAGCAGAUGCCAGUGUCUCCAGCACCCACAAGUGCCACUGCUAGAAGCAGCUCACCUUAUGCAGACAGCAGUUCCAACAGCUGGGUCUCAGGGCCAGAGCUGAGCAAGCCAGGCGGGCUGUCUUCCCGGAUGGAAAGCCAGCCGUUCUCCGGCUGCUCCGCGGAUCUCGCCAUCAGCAACAACACGGAGCCAGGACCUGACAACGCCCCGGAGGAGAACGAGUACACGUCAGCGGACAUCGUUAGGGUCAUCCAUGUCGCUGAGGGUCCCAGUGCUGACCUCCUGGCAGGCAAUCCCGGGCUUCACAAUGCCACCCAGCUCACGGAAGAGAAGGAAUUGCCUUGUGAUGGGUCGGCUCAGAGGGCUCCGUGGCUGGGGAUGGCUGCUGUCGGGGUGCUCCUGGCCACAGUCCUAGGUGUUGUGCUGUACCGGCGGCGCCUACACCAAUGAAGCCCUCUGCCCUUCCCACCAUGCAUCUGCUCUGUUCUCAUUUAUAUAUCUUCCUGAGCAUGCAGCCAGUCCCCCUCUCCUUGUCCCUUCCUUGGGUCUGGUAUCGCUGAGUGCAUCCUGGGAGGCAGCUUCCUUACCAUCCUUGGCUUUCUGGGCUCUGGGCGGUCCUGUGCCCCCCAGACCUGCUGCCCAGCAAUCUGGGUUGUCACCCUUGUCCUCUGGAGGAGGUCCCUCCAUCCAGGCCUUAUUUAUGUUUGCCAUGGAUCAGGAGGCACUGCUGAAGAGUGCAAAAGGUUAGCCAACCCUAACCCCCUCCUGCCCUGGUCCCUGGCAGCUGACGGGUAUCCAGGGAGGGGGACCCACAGGACCUCACUCUGGAGGCCAUUGCCCUUGAGAGCAAUGAGAGAAUGCUGGAGCUGUGUUUUAUCCCGUCCCUGGCGUUCUCUGCCCAUGCCAGGCAAGGGUGGGGAGGAACUGGAGGACCCUAUAGACCCUCGGGAAAGCCCCUUUCCAGUCUUCUCACCCCCUUCUCCGCCUCCCCUUCCUCCUGGUCCCCAUCCCCAUGCAGGUUGGGGAGGGGCCCUUUGGGGCAGGCUCAGGCCGAAGUUUGAAUUUCAGCUUCACCCCUUCCUGGGCUGUGUGGCUUGGGCAAAUAGAUGAUCAAACUGCUGUGGUCUUGCUCUCCCUCAUGGACUGUGAGUAUCAUGGCUCAUCCUUCACUGUGUUCUAAUGAGACUGAAGCAUGCAGGUGUGUGUCAAGUGCCUGGCCCAGAGCAGGUGGCCACUAAUUGCUUCUCCCACCGCUCCCCUGCCCACUCUGAUAGAGAUGAGGGCAUGCGAGGCAGAGUGCCCAGAACGUAAGAGUAGCCUAGACCUUGAAUCCACUCUGCCUCUCACUCACUCUGUGCUCUUGGGCAAGGUGUUAACUUCUGUGCCUGUUUUAUUAGCUGUGAAAGAGGGAUGAAUAGUAAAAAAUAAAUAACUAAGUAUAUAUACAUAUA